AUAUGAACCGCGCAUGCGCGUUUCAGUCUGCAGGAGGAGCCAGAAAAAGGCCGAUCUGUUUAUGUGAAGCUAAUUCGUUUGUCCCGUAUCCACGUGUGACAUCUGCAGCUGCUUAUAACGAUGCGCUCUUCUGUGAAUAUCUGAGUGCCUCUCACACUCGCACUCGCAUUGCAGGAUGCCGAUCCCUCCCCCACCUCCGCCCCCCACCUUCAGCCAGGCGAACACAACUCCGCCUAAAUUGUCUCAGGAUGAGGCGAAAGGCAGAGGAGAGCUACUCUCCGAUAUCUGUAAGGGGACCAAACUGAAGAAAGUGGGCGUGAUUAAUGACCGCAGCGCUCCCAUGAUCGAGAAACCCAAAGGGGUCGGAGCUUGCAGUGGAAGUGGACCCAAUGCUGGGGGUGGGGCUAAUGGUGGAGGUGUGUCCACAGGAGCGCAGCAGCCAAUGGGAGGCUUGUUUCAAGGUGGAGUGCCUAAACUGCGACCUGUGGGAGAUGGUUCCGUGGGCAGAUCUUCACUCCAGCCCCUGUCGUCUCGCUCUGCGGCGCCCCGCCCUCCUGGUUGCCCAGACGACAGUGAGAGCCCAGCCCACCAGCCAUCUCCCCCUCCCCCUCCUCCUGCAAGUCGGCGUGGCAAUGCUCCGCCCACUCCUUCUCAGAAAUGUGCCACACCUACUUAUAACCGUGAUAAGCCCCUCCCACCCACACCGGCUCCGCCUCCACCUCCGGUGAAACCGCCUCCUUCUCCGGCCAGCAGUCACUCUUCCUCAUCUUCGUCCACUUUAGCUCCUCCCCCUCCCCCACCCCCAUAUCGCCAGCAGCUGUCUGUGUCUAAUGGAUCGUCCAGUCCGGUGAACGAACUCGCCCCUGAACUGCCACAGAGGCACAACUCGUUAAGCAAGAAACCCACAGCAGGAGGCCAUGCCCCCACACGAGCUCACGCCCCGCCCCCUCCACCACCAAGCCCCUGCCCCUCCCCAGCCACCGCCCGUCCUCCUCCUCCAGUACGAGACCCCCCCAGUCGUGGAGCAGCUCCUCCAGUACCUGCACAGAUGCCGCGGAACACUCGUGAACCACCGCCCCCUCCACCAUAUCGGACACACUCUGACGCCCCCAGUAGGGGUAAACCCCCACCUCCCCCCUCAAGAUCUCCUGCUGCAGCUCCGCCCCCUCCACCCCCUACUCGUAACGGCCACACCCACAAUUCCCGCUCCUUUGCAGAUGAUUUUGAAUCAAAGUACUCUUUCCACCCGCUGGACGAUUUCCCACCACCAGAUGAGUACAGACACUUCACUAAGAUUUACCCCAGUAAAGCCACCAGAGGUGAGAAAACGUCUCAGUUUGACCAGGGGAAGGACUUUCUCAGGCCAGCAUGCGUCUGAAAUUAUUUGGUAAUGAGAGGAGCUCCUCCACUUCCUCCUGUGGGCCGGUGAACACUGUGAGCAGUCACACGCAUACACACACGAGGUACACAAAUCCUGCACCUUAUUUGCCACGUCUCGCUGAGCUGCAUUCCCCAUCCUGUGACUCCAUCUGUCCAUUUGAGAGUGACUGUCUUCUUCACCCACAGGGAACAUCUUUUAUUUUCAUGUAGAGAUGACGAACACGUUAAACUGUAAUGCCAUGUUUUCAUCAAAUCUCCAGAGUAGUAUGAAAGAUUAAAUUUGUAACGCACAAUUAUUAGUCAGCCUUGUCCUCUAAACGACAGUAUACUGUGUGUGUGUGUAAUCUUUUAUUUAUAUAUAUAUAUAUAUAUAUAUAU